UUUUAUGUUUGUGCAGUUGGAGGCUUUGGAGGCCGUGUUCUCACAGACUCACUACCCGGACGUGUUCACCCGGGAGGAGCUGGCCAUGAAGAUCAACCUGACGGAGGCCAGGGUGCAGGUUUGGUUUCAGAACCGCAGAGCAAAGUGGAGGAAGACAGAGCGAGGGAGCGCAGACCCUGAAGGAGGAAAAGAGCAGAUGAGUGACGGCACUCCUCCAUCUCGCAUCAACUCUCAGUCCCCUGUGGACCACGGCAGAAAGCAGAAAGACCCGCUGGAGAUGCAGCAGAGUAUGAACAGGACAGUGGGUCCAAGUGGUCCGUUCUUCCCAUCUUGUAUACCAGGCACACUCCUGAACUCUGCCACCUACGCCCAGGCCCUCUCACAGGUCGCCACACUGAAAGGUAAUGGCUUAUGCUCCUGCUGUGUCUCUGACCCCAUGGGCUUGUCCUUCCUGCCGCCCUACGGUUGUCAGGGAAACCGCACAGCCAGUGUAGCCGCCCUGCGAAUGAAGGCCCGCGAGCACUCGGAGGCUGUGCUGCAGUCUGCCAACCUGCUCAGUGCGGCGAACGGGGGGCCCGGGGCCGGCAUGGGGGUCCUGUCUGGAGUCGGCAUGGGCUCAGCUGGGCUGGCGAGGCCCACAGUGGGUCCCCCCAUUGAGGUGCCCGUCGCUCUGGGGAGAGGGGGGGACAGCUCCAGUCCCAGCCCGGCCACCAAGGUCCUGUCCCUGGGCAGCAGUCCGGACAAACACCCUCACUGCUCCAAGGAACCACUGGAAAAAAAGUGA